CGGAUGAGGUCACUCUUUGUGGCGGCUGCUGUUGGCAAGAUGGCGCCGGUGCUGGCGGAGAAGAAGCUGCUGGGGCCAGACGGGCCCGCGCCUGCCGAGUUCCCCAGCGAGGAGGAAGAAGGCCAGAGCCUCUGGCUUUCAAUACUGAGUGAAGUUUCUACUCGGUCAAGGUCUAAACUACCCUCUGGCAAAAAUAUUCUUGUUUUUGGUGAUGAUGGCUCAGGCAAAACAACACUAAUGACUAAAAUACAAGGAGCAGAACAUGGCAAGAAAGGAAGAGGGCUGGAAUACCUGUACCUGAACAUUCACGACGAGGAUCGAGAUGAUCAGACCCGCUGCAAUGUCUGGAUUCUUGACGGGGACUUGUACCAUAAAGGGCUCUUAAAGUUUGCUGUUUCACCCGAAUCGUUGCAAGAGACCCUGGUAAUCUUUGUGGCAGACAUGUCGAGACCAUGGACUAUUAUGGAGUCUUUACAAAAAUGGGCCAGCGUCUUGCGUGAACAUAUUGAUAAGCUGAAAAUUCCCCCUGAGGAGAUGAGAGAUAUGGAACAGCGAUUCAUGAAGGCGUUUCAGGAGUAUGUAGAGCCUGAGGAAGGCUAUCAGGGAUCACCACAGAGAAGAGGCCCAUCGGGCCAAGAUGAUGAAAACGUUACUUUACCACUUGGGGACAAUGUGCUGACCCACAACCUUGGGAUCCCUGUGAUAGUUGUUUGCACGAAGUGUGAUGCAGUGAGCAUACUAGAGAAGGAACAUGACUACAGAGAAGAACAGUUUGACUUUAUUCAAUCCCACAUUCGCAGAUUCUGCUUACAGUAUGGCGCAGCCUUGAUUUAUACAUCAGUUAAGGAGGAAAAGAACCUCGACUUGUUGUAUAAGUACAUUGUACAUAAAACAUACAGCUUUCACUUUACCACACCUGCCUUAGUGGUAGAAAAGGACGCAGUUUUCAUACCUGCUGGCUGGGACAAUGAAAAGAAAAUUGCCAUCCUGCAUGAAAACUUUACAACGGUGAAACCUGAAGAUGCAUAUGAAGACUUCAUUGUAAAACCACCAGUAAGAAAGUUAGUGCACGAUAAAGAGCUUGCAGCAGAAGAUGAACAAGUGUUUCUUAUGAAGCAGCAGUCUUACCUUGCCAAGCAGCCAGCUACACCUACAAGGGCUUCUGAAUCACCUGCAAGAGGGCCUUCUGGAUCACCGAGACCCCAGGGCAGGCCUUGUCCUGCCAGCGUCCCCAGUGCCUCGCCGAUAGCAUCAGUUAAGAAACCAGACCCAACUAUUAAAAAUAAUGCUGCCAGUGAAGGCGUGCUGGCCAGCUUCUUCAACAGUCUAUUGAGUAAAAAGACCGGCUCUCCUGGAAGUCCUGGAGCAGGAGGCGUGCCAAGUACAGCCAAAAAAUCAGGGCAAAAAACUGUUUUGACGAACGUUCAAGAAGAACUGGAUAGAAUGACUCGCAAGCCAGACUCGAUGGUAACGACCAACUCCUCUCCGACAGAGAACGAAGCUUGAUAAUGCUUAAACCUGCAUAUGUAAAUGACCAAAUAACUAUGUACAUUGAUCCGAUAAGACCAGGAGCUCUCUGCUGUGGCAGAUUCUAUAAGUUUUCUUGGGGCAGGGAGAAAUGAAAUUUAACCUUCAUUGGCUUGUCCUGGGUAUCAAGUGCACAUUCAGGAAGAUUUGCAUAUAAAUUUCCUCUGUUUUAAGAUAACCAUUUUAGAGUUUCAAUAGGGCAAUUCUCUUGAUUUUGGGGGGUGGCGACCAAGGGGCAGCAGUGGUUCUCAUAGGAAGAGCACAGAGACAUGAGAUGCGGAAAUCUGGUUGAAAUGGCACGAAAGAAGAAACGAAGUCCCCUUUCCCCGAACUUGCUGGAGUUGGCCAUUGGCAACGUACUUGGGAGAGAAUGUGGUGUAGUGGAAUGUUGGUUAGAUGAAGAGUGUAUAAAAUGCUGCAUUAAAAAAAAAAAGGAGAAAUGCGAGAUCUGGCUUGAUAGAUGCAAAAAGCAAGUUGGACAGACCAGAGGGAACGAAACCAGUGUUAAUGAACCCUGUGUUUGAAUAUAUAGAUCAGAUAAUCACUGUUUAAAAAACAAACAAAAAGCCUUCACAAUUUGAAAGUGCUUGAGGCUUAAACACUGAGCAUCAUGGGAAUUAUUUUCUUGAUCUAAAAUUGCAUUUUUUUUAGUUUUAACAAGGAGAUGCAUUUUUAAAAAAUAGGUGGGUGCCCUUUUUGUCUUAGCUGACACAGGGAGAAUCUUGCUUAGACCAAGUGCCUGGCACAGUGUGAGAUGUGUCCUUAGGAGGUGCUUGAAUCUUUUGUGCACUGUAGUACAAACAACCUCUGUUUGGCUUUAUUUUAAAACUUGGUAAUUGUGGACAGUUGUGUUUUAAUUUUAAAACCCUAUUUUUUUCUGAUUGCUUCUGCCUUGUGUAUCUGUGUGUUUUUUUCUCUAAAUACCAGCCACCUGAUCUGUUAAGAAGAAUGGGUGACAUAUCACUUCCCCAUAAUGCAAUGUGUUACAGAAUAAUUGUUUCUUUUUUUUCCAUAGUUAAAAUUGUGGAACUUAAAAAAAAAAUAUCCUGAAUCCUGCCUUAAGGUUUAUAAAACCUGUGGUGGUUUCUGGUAGACUUCCAAAUAUUUUGUUUCAGUAAACAAUAGAAGUGUGUAGGUUUCCAUCGAUAAAACAUAGAGCUUAAUGGCUUUGUGACAUCUAUGCCUUCCCCCUUCAAUGUAGCCUUUUCAGUCUAGAAGGAAGGCUCAUGAUUAUCCCUCAUUGCUCUUUGGAUUGGUGCCCACAGCCACUGUGAACAGUGGUUCUAUGGAAGAUUCCCACGGUUACUGAAAUAGCACUGAGUUUCUGUAUGGAAUCAUUGACGGAGAAACACUACCUUACAUUACAUUAUCAAACGUGUUUGUAUUUGACAUACUGAAGGGGGGGAAAAUACUCCACUGUAUGAAUUAUGCAGAGUUUACUUUUAUUGAUAACGGAUUUGUGUGUAAUGCAAGAUCUUCUUUCUGGAUAGAACACCCCUAAUAUUUAUAUAAAUAUAUAUAUAUAUAUUGUUAAACAUUGCCGAACGGAUUGACCACUAACACAGUACUGGAUGUAAUUGCAAGCCCUGUGUUCCUGAAAAGAGGCCAUGUCUCCUUGUGUUUUUAAGUCUGUCUAACACUAUCUAGAAAGCUAAGAGUAUUUACUUGCAUUAAUGUUAAAAGCAUGUUUACAUGUGCCAGUUAUUUUAUUAUUUUUUACAUUUUUAUAAGUUUUGGAACCUCACAUCCACAGUUGCCUAGAUUUUUAAAUGGAGAAGUUGUGAUCAGAGGGUCUGGUUUAUGGUUCUCCUGCCUCUUUAGAUAUGGCAUGUGAAGCAUUGGAUGCAAGUCUAAAAGUGCAAUCUUGGAACCUCCUUGGCUGAUGACGUUUACAUCCCAUCUUUAUGAUGCUGUUGGUGUGCUGUUGUUGCAGCUGCAGCGAGUCUGGCAUUGAGACUCUUUCUCUGCCAUGUGGAAGCAUGUAGCAAGGUAUCUCAUGCUGGGAUGGUUCAAUUCAUGUGAGAUUGGGGGGGGGGCAUGGCCAUUCUAUUGCUGCUUGGAGGGGCCACGACAUGGUGCUGAAGCAGCUACUUUAUGUGCAAAAGGUUCAACCUCUGGCAUCUGCAGUUAAAAGGAUCUAAUGUAGCCAGUACUGGGGAAGGCCUUUCUCUGCCUGAGACCCUGGAGAGCCAUUGCCAUUCAGAGUAGACUGUAGUGAGCUAGAUGGACCAGUGGUUUAACUUGGUACAAGGCAGUUUCAUACAUAUAUACCAUAUAUGUAUACUACCUUGCCAUGACUGCCUAAUGCAUAUGGUGACUGAGGGCUAACUUUGGUUUUGUGGGAGGCACCUUUCAGUUUGGGAAAUGAAAUAUCAGCAGUGAAAAGGGCAGGUUGGCUAAGCGUUUCCUGAUGGUAUGCAGUUGGGAUGCAAGCCUCACUCCGCAACCGUGUGUUUUCUUUUAUUAUUUUUUUGUUAUUAAAACAGAUACGCACUUUGUGUACAAGUGGCUCCUGAAGUUUUUUUUUAUUUUUAUAAAAUGAACAUUAGAUAUCCUGUAAAUGAGCAAAAGCCAACAAUUAUACCACUUGCCAGUUGUUCAAAAGAGUGCUUGGACCCAAAUGGAAGUUUGACUUAAAGAGAAAAAAAAAUUCCCUUUUCCUUGUUGCAAGUGAAUGCUCCUAGUUUUUCAAAGGAAUGAAACUGUAAGUAAUGUGGAUAUGUGUCGGUCGCCAAAGUCUAGCAACUUUGGAAAGCUGCACAGUUAAUUUUUCCCCCUGGUGUUCUCAAGCAUUGGAACCAAAGGCCAAACUGCAAAACAGCCUUUAUGUUUUUUUAACAAAAUACAAUUAAUUUUGUUUUCAGGAUUACACUUGUACGGUAGACUGUUAUAAGAAAUUACAUGGUUAUAUUUAUAUUUACAGUAUAGUGACUGCAUCUACUGUUCAUGUUUAAAUUAAAGAAAUAAUCAAUUCAACUUGAAGGCAAAAUAUAAAGAAUUAAGGAUUGG